UAGGUGUUAGGGUGUGAUUACACCUUCGUUCUUUUAUAUAUAGCUAAGCCAAGGAUUGAUUGCUUUAUAUUCAUUUGUAUUAAACUAAUUGCUUAUACAACCUUGGAAAUUCUUUCAGUAAAGAAAAGAGCUAAUAAUGGUGAACAAGCAGUUAAGGCCAGCAGCAUCCUUCUUGUUAUUCCUAAACUUGUGCAUGUAUGGAGUUGUAUUGGGCUUAAGUGGUUGGGCUAUGAAUCGAAUCAUCAACUACGGAACGGUUGGCGGAGGACAAAACGGAGCAACUCUAUACUUGAUAAUAUUCUCGUUAGUGGCGGGAGUGGUUGGGGCAGUAUCUUGCUUGUUUGGGUUAAAUCAUGUAACCUAUUGGGGUCCUGAUAGUUUGCCUGCCGCUGCCGUCGCUGCCGCCAUUGCUUGGGGUCUUACCGUGCUUGCUUUGGGCUUUGCUUCAAAACAUAUUAGGCUCCACACAGACAGCGAGCACCUGAAAGCAUUGGAGGCAUUCAUCAUAAUAUUAAGUGGCACGAUGCUUUUGUACAUUGGAGCCAUUCAUGGAGCAAUCAAGAGAGGGUAAUUAGAGGAUGAUCUUAUUUCAGUUAGAAUACGUACUACUUUAUAAUAAAAUUCUAAAUUCAAUUCUCAGACUUUUCUUACCUUCAAUUUGGCCUAUAAUUAAAAAAUAUUUUUUAUUAUUGUGAUUUGUGUACAAAAUCUAAAUAACUGAUUGUAGGGUCAUGGCUUCAUGGCAUGUGGUGUGCAUAUUUUGCUUCCAUUUUAAAAAUUAGAUUAUUUCAUUGUAUGUAUAUAACUACGUCAUGUACUCAUGUGUAAUUGUAAUCUAUGUAUUCGUUUGUUGAUUCUUGUACUAAAAGUAUUUGUAUAGA